UUUGUGGUCAUCUUGUUUGUCCCUUUGUGUUUUUUGAGGCUGAGGGCCUUUUCAUACAGCAGUGGGAGGAAAACAGUGCACUGAUGCUCUGUUGUUACUGACAUUACCACUGCUAUUCUGACUCUUUCUUACCCAUACGUUCAUCCCUUCACUCAGAGCAGAACAAACUCCUGUCAGCCUCACAGACGUCAUAAUGAAGGCUGUACUACGGACACUUUAAUGAUGCGUGUAACAUGUAGAAACACCAAACACUGGAGCCUCUGCUGGCGUCCUGCUGCCUGUUUCCUCCUCCUGAUUGGCCUUUCCUUUCACCACACGUCCUUCUGCUUCCUCCCAUUCUUUACUCUGUGUGGAGAAUGAAAAUGGAAAGUUUCAACAGAACACUGAGUUUAUUCGGUGUUCUCUCAGUCGCAGUAAAUGUGGAACGUCACAGUCAUCGUCACAGAUAGAUCAGAACGUUUCCAGGAGAAGCUUCAUAGCUCAGACCUGGUUGAAGCUCUACGUCAGUGCUGAUUCAGUCCACAGGAGACGUCGGAGGCGGGCAAACUGGAUCUGCAGCUCAUUUCUCUGCUGCUUGUUUCCUUCAGACCAACAUGGCUGAAACCCACAGAGUGGCAGCGGAGGGCAGGAAGAGGUGGAGUUUUCCACAGAGGACUGGCUCUGACCAAAACAAACCGAGUUCCUGCUCUACCGACCGAGCUGCUGAGAGAAAACUGGCUGUUCCCUUCAGAGGUCACAUCACAGAUGGGAUGCGUCCGGGCAAAAAGGUUGUGGUGGUGGGCAUCGUGGACCCUCGUCCUGACAGGUUCUACGUGGCCCUGACAUGUGGCUGUGGGACGUCCAGGGAGCCUCCGCCUGACGUGGCUCUGGAGCUGUGUGUUCGGUUCAGGGACCGGCAGAUCCUGAGGAGAGCCUGUGUGUCUGGAUCAUGGGGAGACGCCGACAGAACCGUUCCUUUCUUCCCCUUCAUCAGAGACCAGCCAUUCAAGAUUGAGAUCCACUGUGAACAAAGCAGGUUUCGUGUGUUUGUGGACGGACAGCAGCUGUUUGACUUUUACCACAGACUGACGUCACUCAGCGACAUCGACACGCUGUGGAUCAAAGGCAGCAUCAGCCUCACUAAGCUGGCCUGAACAGAGGAGCUGACCGCUGAAUGAGGAUCUCAGCUUCAUGGCACAAGAGCUGCCAGAACUCACGAUGUCUGAACACCGCCCGUGUUCAACCUUCUGUUAUACUAUAAUCAUGAUCUAAAGCUGGAAACAGGAUUCACAAAUGUAUAAUUUAUGACAGAAGUGAGUACACCCCUUUGCAAUAUCACCUAAUACUUCCAAACCGUAGCACCUGUCUAAGUUAGUGAACAGAAUUAAAAGCGCAGAGCCUAAAGGAGAAACUAAAUGUGACCAAAGUGGGAUCACUGACACACAAGUUAGCAAAGCUGUGAUGACUUAACCCUCGUGUCGUCCUGCAGGUCAAAACUGACCCGUUUCAAAGUUGGAAAAUGUGGAGAAAAAAAAAUUCACAGUGCAACUUCUGAUGUCCACAUUUUCAACAUUUUUGGGAGAUUUUUUUUUAACAUUUUUUGGUGGAAAAAUGUUUCUUUUUUAAAAAUCAAAAUCCAGCGAAUUUUUCUGGAUUUUGGUUGAUUUUUCUGAAUGUUCUUAAAGAAAAUAUUAGAAGUUUUACUGAUUUAUAUGGAAUCACUUUAGAUAUUUUUAGGAUUUUUUGGAAGAUUUUUACAAAUUUAAAAAAAAUAUUUAUAUGAGAUAUGAGCAGAUAUGAUGCUAAAUAUGUGACGACUACCUCAGUUCAUGUAGCUGCAGUCCAUUUGUUUAUGAAAAAUGAUUCUAUCUUUCCUGUUUAGGCCUUUUUCUGCCUCUUUUGUGUCUUUACCAACAUUAUUUAUGUCACAUUUUGUCACUGGAUCAGUACUAUUGUGACUUGUUUGUAUAUUUUUCAUCUCAAAGCAAUUUAACAGUUUAUUUUCAUCACCUUUCAAAAUGGUCAAAUCUCUCUAAUGAAAAUUUAAUUUCGUUUGAAG